AUGGGCAAGAGUUUGAGGAGCAAGAUCAAGCGGCGGUUCCGCACGAUCAAGAGAGAGAAGCUGCAGCCCUUCCUAGCAGAGAAGCUCUCUCUCACCCAAGAGGACCUCCCUCUCCCUGUCCGUCCUCCCGAGACGCCGGAGUCCGAGGCUCGCCGGAGGGACCCCAGGAGGAAGGAUGCGCGAAUGGGCUGCCAGGCGUUUGCGCUGGCUUUCCCAGGCGGAGUUACAGGAGAUGAUAUGAGGCGAGGAGGCGUCGGAAAUCCUCUAUCGUGCCCUCCUGAAGAAUUGGAAAGGCAGAGAGCGAUCGAAAGAGAGGAAUAUGAGAAAAAACAGCGAGAAGAGCUAGAGAUGGAGCGCGACGCAGCUCGCAAUAGGAGCGGAAUGGAGAUGGAUGGGGUCAAAAAGACGAUCAAGAAGAAGAAGUCGAAGAAGAAGUCCGAGACAUCGUGGUUGAAGACCACCUGAUUGUAAAUUACAUUUCCAGCUUGAAAACUUGCUUAUCAUGCAUUUGUUGCGCUCAUCAAAUGUGGUUGAUAGAAUUGUUCCUUUGAUUGCAUCAAAACAUCAGAACGUC